CUAAUCUGAUCUGAGAAAUACAUUUUGCAAGUAGAGUUUUGAUCAAAAAAACCCCAAGCAACACGGAUCUGCUACCCAAAGCCACCAGAUGGGUAAAAAGACUACUUCCAACUCUGAGGUAAAAAAGGCUAGAGCAGACUGGGAUAUUAAUCCAACGUGGACAACUACCUUUUGUAACAUUUGUGUGGAACAAAUUCAAGCCGGGAAUAGAACAAAAGGUGCUGGCUUUAGUACCAAAGGUUGGGUCAAUUUGGUGACCAAAUUUUGUAAUGAGACCGGUCUAAACUAUGAUAAGGACCAAUUAAAAAGUAGGUGGGAUGUAUUGAAAGGUGACUGGAGAGUGUGGGAAAGAUUGAAGAAUCUUGACACAGGUUUAGGUUGGGAUGCAGAGAAGGGAACGAUUGCUGCUCCUGAUGAAUGGUGGGACCUAAAGUUGAAGGAAUUACCCAAAGCCAAAAAGUUUCGAGAGAAAGGUCCACAGAAUCUAGAACAACUUGAUAUAAUGUUUAGAGAUGUUGCAGCAACUGGGGUAGCUGCAUGGACCCCUUCUUCAAAUUCACUCCCUCCAACAAUGCCAGAAGAGGGUGCUGGUGAUUCAGAUGGUAGCUCCGAAUUUAAGGAUAACCAAUGUGACAUGAGUUUAGACAUUGAUAGUUUGCAGCAAGGACAAACUAGUCAAUCACGUAGUUCAGGACAAAAGCGAACUAGUGUAUCAAUACCCUCACAGAAGAAAAAGAAGAAGAUAGGAGGAGCUGCAAUGUUGGACGAUCGUAUGUGUCAAUUAAUAACUGCAUGUCAAAAUAGGUCUGAAGGUACUUCUCGAGAGUCACCAAGUUCAGUUGAUAAUGUUAUGACGAUUGUGAGAGCACUUCCUGGAGUGGAAAGUUCGUUCGUGGUUCAAGCUUCCUAUAUCUUACUAAAAAAGUCACGUAGGGAGAUGUUCCUAACUUUUAAGGACCCAGAGGUACAGCUAGAGUGGCUACAAGGAAUGAUUUAUAACCAAAAGAAGUGAACAACUUUAUGUUGUAUUAACUUUAAACUAAGUUAGCUAUGUUGUAUUAGCUAUAUUGUAUUAACUUUAAACUAAGUUAUGUGACAUUUAGUAUUAGCUUUGGACUAAUAUGUGUAAUGUAAACACAUUUGAAAUUUUCA